CAAAUAGAAGGAUGGGACCAGAAGAGCCUUGAAAGCUGUUGGAUCCUCCAGUUGCUUAGGGACGUUCAUUCCAAAGCAGAUACGAACUGCAGAUUAUUCCAUAAUCCUCUGUUUAGGAUACAGUGCACAAAAAGGAUAAGGAGGUCAGGGAUCAGUUUGCAGGAAGGGGGAGCGGGGGUGAGUAGAGAAGAGCCACAUGUCUCGCGAAGCCUGAAUACCGACGGGGAACUGAAACUUGCCAGCCCACUCCCUUUAGGAGGACACCCCCCGCCCCGCCCCAGCGUUGCACUUGCUGCCAUUCUCACUAAUGAUUCUUUCCACGCAUUAACGGAGCCCUGGCAAACCCUCUGGUGGAGUAGAGGCGAGGGUGAUCCCACCUCCUUUGUCAUCCAGCUAUUUCAUCCCGGAGAAAAGCCCCCAGCAGUUCCAUCGACGCCCGUCGGGGAGCAAGGAGAACCGGCCGGAGGAAGCGGAGGAGCGGUGGAAAGACCGCGCGGCCAGGCAGGGCGCAAACAUCUGCGCCGCGCAGUGGGGACGCGCCUUUCUGCGCUUCUUUCGGCAGGUGGAAAAAUGCACAACUCGACCGCAGCCGGGAGUUCGAAGGGCUGAAAACUCUCCGAAACUAGCGGCGCUCGUUCCGGCCGGAAAGCGAAACUAGUUCGGCCCAUACGGAAGUUCUCGGCGGUAAAAAAAAAUAAAAAAGAAGGCAACGCUGGUUCGGUUCCAAGAGCGGCUCCGCACGCUUUCCUCUCCCCUCCGCUUCAGCUAACCCCCAAAGUGGUCUAAAGACGAGGCUGUAGGACGGCUCCCCCCCGCCCAGCCUUUUUUAUUUAAUGUUAAUUAUUACGGAAAGCUCGUUCUGCUGGCCGUUUGCAGCCUCAGCGCAAGACGCCGCCGCGGCCAAGAUUUUGCACCGGGACGGUAGCGCCAUGGACGUGACUCCGGCUCCAUCAUGAGCAAGCGGCGUCCGGCUCGCGGACCAUGUCCCAUGUUCCCAGAAAUCAUGAUUGGACUAUGCCCGCUGAUUCAAUAAAGCUGCCAGCUGAUGAUCAGAAUACUGUAUUGCAAAGCUUCUUUAAGGUGUAUCUUCAUGAUUCUGCCAUUGUUCUUAGUUCUGGUACCAGAAGCGUCAUCUGAUAAUAUGACUGAAAUCCGAAAUGAUUAUGAGAAUAUUCUAAUCAACAUGAUUAAUCAUCUGGAGACACUCAUUAAUCAGAACAUCAGCAGCUGUAAAACCAGGAUAUGUUCCUCCUGUUCACCUGAGAAUACAACCAUAAUUGGCCUGACAUCGUGUCUGAAGAUAAAGGCAAAUUGUACUAAAAUUUUUCCUGAAUUAAAGAACAAAAUGAUCUCUGUUUCAGAGUUGACAACAAAAAUAUUAAAUAAGAAUGGUUAUACCUUACAACCACUCAACCACAGCCAGUGUUAUCGUCAAUGCAGGAAAUACAUCAGAAAAUGUGACUCUACUGAUACUUUGUGUUGCCUAAAGAAUGCUGUUGCAGCCUUGCGUUCCUGGUGGCAGAAGUUUCUUUAUCAUGGUUAUUCCUAAAGGGAAUCAAGUGAUAAGUAUAACUUUUAUAAGAGUUAAGAGCAGCUUUUAUAAUCUAGAUAUACAUCAGACUUUUUCUACAGAAAAUUAUGCAAAUAUCCUCUGCUAAUGCUUUGACAAGACUGUUGAAUUUGUUCCAUGAGUCCCACAACAGAAAAAGUUGGAAGAAGAGAAGCAGGCUGCCAACAUCUCAAGUGCUAAUGAAAGUUUUAAAAAAAGACAAUAGAAUGAAUGAAAUGUUCCAUAUUUAUUUUUUUCCUGUUUUACAACAUAUACAUGUGCUGUAUAUAUUUUGCAUCCUAUGAAAUUUUGACCAACAUAAGGAUUCCUGAACAUAUUGUCUUCAUAUGUUAAUAGAUUUGGAAAGAAAACAAGGAGUGAUAAUUGAGAGCAAGGUAGCAAUUUGGGGAAAGGUACAAAUAGAUAGCUUGUAAG